GCGCCCUCAGAAUCUCACCCCCCUUUUCUGGGAGCCGGUCUAGACCCCAGUUUCAGCAUCCAAAGGACAGGGAGAAGCCGCGAGGGCUACGCAGAGGCUAAACUCGCACCCACAUCGACUUUUUACACUCAUUUUUUGUUUAUUGUUUUCAUUUUAAGUAAGUUUAACCCGACAUGGCGCUGAGGGGACCUCUCUGCCGCUUCCUCCGGUCCACGCUGGGCUCCUGUCAGCACAGCCGGGCUCACUCCGUGGCAGUUUUGGGAGCUCCGUUUUCCAAAGGACAGAAAAGGAGAGGAGUGGAGUACGGACCCAAGGCCAUCCGGGACGCCGGUCUGGUGGAGAGACUGACUAACCUCGAAUUCCCAGUUCAUGAUUUCGGAGACCUGAGCUUCCAGCACUUGGAGAAAGAUGACCACUUCAUGCAUGUUCCCUUCCCACGCACGGUUGGACCGGCUACUCAACUGGUGUCUGGGGCCGUGAGCAGGGCUGUAGGAGCGGGACACACCUCCAUCAUGCUUGGAGGAGACCACAGCUUGGCCAUUGGCUCAGUGGAAGGCCACGCCCAGCAGUGUCCAGACCUUUGUCUGAUUUGGGUUGACGCCCAUGCAGACAUCAACACCCCACUGACCUCACCGUCUGGAAACCUCCAUGGCCAAGCCGUGGCAUUCAUGCUCAAAGAGCUGCAGGACAAGAUGCCAGAUGUUCCUGGUUUCUCCUGGAUGAAGCCUUUUCUCAGUGCCAGAGAUCUGGUCUACAUAGGCCUGAGAGAUGUGGACCCAGGCGAGCAUGUCAUUCUGAAGAACCUGGGAAUACAGUACUUCUCUAUGAGGGACAUCGACAGGAUGGGCAUUCAGAGAGUUAUGGAAGUUACACUGGAUCAUCUCCUGGCAAGAAAACAACGUCCCAUCCACCUGAGCUUUGACAUCGAUGCAUUCGAUCCGGCUCUGGCCCCCGCCACAGGAACUCCUGUUAAUGGGGGACUGACCUACAGAGAGGGCAUCUACAUCACAGAGGAGAUCCACAACACAGGGCUGCUGUCAGCGAUGGACCUGGUCGAGGUGAACCCCGUGCUGGGAGGAGGUCCUGAAGCGGUGGAGGCUACAGCCAGCCUAGCAGUGGAUGUUAUUGCUUCGGCUCUGGGUCAGACGCGCGAAGGCGCGCAUGUCGCCCUGCAGGAGAUUCCUGCACCCAAAGAGGACACGGAACAACUCAGACUGUAGAACAGCUGCCAGUCACUCGAGGACUUG